GUCCCGGACCAAGCCAAGGUCUGCCCCCCCUCUCAGGUCUCCGUCUUAACGACAGACAAUAUAUUGUCCUGUGCCUGGGAAGCGAAGCGUUUGCACCGCAGUACUAUACACUAGGCGGAAAAGAUGGCGUUACGCAGCACCUCAAUGUUUCGCGCCACCAAACUUGGGCACCUCGUAUUUUUAGCCCAGCUACGCUCAAUUGUUUUGACGUUGUUCGUUGGAACCCUCUGCAAGCUGCCAGAGGUUGUUGAUAUCUUUGUGGCAGAGCGCAUCUGCCGUGCAGCAUACAGUGCGUCCGUCGUGCCUACAUAUUUCCUAUCUAUGGCAUGUCCCUGGGCCGGGUCUCUCCAGAGGAGGGGCCCAUUUCGUCGACGUGGGGACGUGGGGCUCUUCCUUCAAACGUGUUGGACUAGACGGGAAACGGGCGGGCCCUUCUCCCCAAACGCAUGACAUUGCAAUGCAUUAAGGCAAG